ACGGGCACCGGGUGAGGUUUCACCAGCCCCGGCCCGGCCCAGCUCGGUCCCGCCCAAGGCCGGGGCCGGGCUCUGCCCCCGCCGUCUAUAAGAGCCGGAGCCACAUCCUGGGGCACGCUCGGGGCGGGCUCGGGAAUGCGGCGGAUCAGCCGGUACCGCGGGAUCGGGAUCGGGAUCGGGAUCGGGAACGAGCCAGGUCCUGCCCGGCAGCAGCUGCAGCGCGUUCACUCUGGAGUCGACUGAGUCCAGCCGCAGCGGGGCCGAGGGGCUCCGGGGACCCCAGGAGCGGCCCCGGCCCCUGCGGCCCCAGAUGGGGGUCUCGGCGGAGCCGGGCGCGGGCACCGGGGAUGCGCCGGAGGCUGUCACCGACCCCGACAUGGAGGCCUUGUUCGAGGAAUUCCUGGGGAAAGAGGUCUCGCCGGAUCUGUCGGUGCCCGCGGUGGCGCCGCCGCAGCCCCGGGGCCGGCCCCACCACUUCGUGCUGCAGGACACGGAGCAGCGCGGGCUCUGCCUGCGCGGGGGGCGCCUGGUGCCCACCCCCCUGCAGGGAGCCAGCGCCGACCAGGAAGAGCCCAUCAGUGUGGUGCCCAACCCGCGCCUGGAGCGCCGGCGCUGCCCCCUCAUCGUGGGCAUCCGGGGGGGCAGCCGGGCCCUGUCCUGCAGCCCCGGCCCCGAGCCCCGCCCGCAGCUCGAGGAUGUGGGGCUGCUGGAGCUGUUCUCGCGCGGGGAGGGGGCCACCCCCUGCACCUUCUACAAGACCUUCGGGGGCUCCACUCACACCUUCGAGGCGGCCGCGUGCCCCGGGGCCUUCCUCAGCACCGCGGGGGGGCAGGAGCUGGGCCUGGCCCCCCCCCCCGGCGCCACCAGCUUCUACCUGCACCGCAGGUGACCCCCGGCGGGGCCAUGGGGGGGGCACCCAUGGGGGGGGCACCCGGCGACACCCCCCUGCGGGCAAUAAAGAGACGGAGCCUG